GUCCUACAGCUUUUAGGAGAAUGCAGUUUGAUUGACGUCCUUCUCUAUAUGACUGUGUUCUGGAAGAGAGAGAGAAGGAAAGAAAACAGGGAGGAGAUGGAGAAUGAGGGAGGGAAAUGUCCUUCGACAAUUAUCCUUAACUGAUUUUUUUUAGGAAAACACACACAGUCAGAAUCUACCAUAAGCCUUUCAGGACAACACAGGCAGCUAUUUUUCCUGCCCUCACUGUUUUUGUCUUUCUUUCUUUCUUUUUUAACUGUAACAAGUUUUGUUAUCACAGAACAUCAGACAAAAGAAGGAACAAUACAGCAGUCUAUAAAGGAAGUAUGUCACUCUCUGCUUCUCUGCGCUUUGUCUAUGUGCUCCUAGUUGCUCUCUGGGGCAGCAGUUGCUUCAUUGAAGCCGUCCCGUUCAACGCGUCCAUGGAGGGCAGCGGGAACGAACCCGAACUCAUCUUUCCCAUCGCUCGGACCACCCAUGUUCCCCCUUCCCCCUCCACUUCUCCAAACAUCACCACCACCUUCAUCCGCAUCAAAGACUUUAUCUUCAACCAGGUGGUGGACUUCCUGAAGGAGAACUUGCUGCUUAUUAUAGUUGUGACUUCUCUCUUAGUAGUCAUCAUCUUCAUCGUCUGCUGUGCCUCUGCGAUGAGCCACAAACGCAAACUUGAGGCCUACUACCCACCGAAGACCUAUGCCCCCAGGAAAUAUAUGAGCCAACCCAACAGAGCUAUGGAGAAGCCACAACAGACCAAACCUCAAAACCAGAUCCAGGAUGUCAAGAUGACAGCUUCAAAUACCCACAGAGAACCUUCUAAAGCACUAGUAGGGGAGAAGGAAGGGAAAGACCCCCGACCCAGGCUGAAGGAGGUCCAGAAGAUGGAGGACGUUGAAGAGGUGGAGAUACAGAAAGAUGACACCAAGAAGAGAGAGGAACCACAGCCAAGCACCUCAAAUGCCACCUCAAGUCAGCCGCAGGUCUGUACCUGCCAUCUCAGAAAGGCCAAUCCCUCUACAGCGUGAGGGAGCUUUUUCAUUAAUGGCUAGGAAUAACAUUGAUUCCAUAACUGUCUGUCUGAAAACUUUUUCCACUGUUAGAUAUUAAUUUUUUGGUAAGCCUCCGUGUGCUUUCCUUGCUUUGAAACCUUUGUAUGUUCCAUCUGUAUGAGUUCUGACAGACAGAGAGAGAGAGAGAGAAAGAGAGGGAGAGAAAAUGAUGUGUGUGUUUGUUUGGUAACAUUAUACAAUAAGGUUGUAUUUGUUAACAUUAUUUAAAGGAAUAUUCCAGGUUCAGUACACAUUAACCUCAAUCGACAGCAAAAAAUAAUUUUGAAAAAAACAAAAAUUGAGGUUACAAUGAAGCACUUACAAUGGAAGUGAAUGGGGCCCAUUUUUGGAGGGUUUAAAGGCAGAAAUGUGAAGCUUAUAAUUUUGUAAAAGCAUUUACAUUAAUUCUUCUGUUUAAACUUGUGUAUUAUUUGAGCCGCAAAGUUGUUUAAAUCCUCAUUUUUACAGUCAGUUUAGGGUUUUAGGAUUUGAUGACUACAUCGUCAUGGCAGCAAAGUUGUAAAAUUGGCUAUAACUUUACUGAGAAAAGGUUGGUAAGCAAUUUUAUCACACUAAAAUUAUGUUAACACGUAUAUUGUUUACGUCUUGUGGCUAUACUUUUGAAACGGUGACUAUUUGAAUGUUUACGGAUUGGCCCCAUUGUAAGUGCCUCACUGUAUCAAUUUUUUUUGUUUUGUUUUUUAAAGAAAAGGAGGGGCAAGUCAAAAUACAUUUGUGUUGUAAUCAACAUUAUACCACAAAUGCUGUCGAUUGAGCUUAACUUGAUUUGAACCCUGAAUAUUCCUUUAACUGCAUUAGUUAACAUUAACAAUUAACAAUCAUUUUACAGCAUUUAUGGUGAAUGUUGAACAUACUAAUACAUUUUGCAUAUGUUAACAUUAAGAAAUGCAUUACGAACUAACAUGGUUCAUUGUUAGUUCAUAAUAGUUUAUUAAAAUUAGAAACUUAUAGAAACUUAUUGUAAAGUGUUACCAUUUGUUCAGCUCAUUUCUUGUGUCUUUCUAUUUUAUUUUUUUUUUUAUAAGAGGGAAAAAGCUUAUUUCUACAGUCUGACAAUAAUUAUGUCCAGUUGGAAAAUAAAAUUGUGUACAUGAACAGCAUUUGUAUAUUACUUUCUAGUUUUGAGAAACUUGAGAAACAGUGUUUUGACCACUUUCCUUGACUAUAUUCUAAAUGCAAUAUUUAUAUGCAUGGAAAUACAUAAUUUACACCAACUUUUUAAAGUUAUUGUCAGGUGUUGUACAUUAAGACAUUAAGGUUAUUUUAUAUAAACCGAGUCAAGACUUUCUUUAACAUUGAAUUAACUUUUUUUUUUUUAAGUUAAAUGAUUUUGUCAUAAAAUUAACUUUCCAGUAUCUCCUUUUCUGUUCCGAAUCAAUAAAAACUUGUUUCAAAAAUACAGAUAUAAUGUGAGGUAAAGACUAAAGAUUGUGUUUUGUUAGUAAGUCAACAGUUUACAUAAAAUAAAAUAAAGGCCUGGUAAAUUCAACAUUUAAGCAGGACAAUGUUAAAAUAUUAUUAUUGUUAUUGUUAGUUAUUAUUAUUAGUAGUAGUAGUAUCUAGACUACUGUAUCAAUUAUAUUAAAUUAUUAGAUGUAUAAAACAAACUGCUUUCUUGGGUCCUGUCUGUUUGUCUGAUGUCCAUUUGUCAAAAGAAUAUCAAGAGCUUAACAGAAAAUUGCUUUAUC